UGUUCUUUUCUUUCUCUUUAUUUUUUUUUUCUCUAUCCAUUUCUCUAAAAGUCCAACAGCGACAACAUAAAAGUUUCUCUCUCUACAAUGGCGUGUCUAUAUAAAGCAAGGUCGUCGAUUCAUAACGACCAUCUCCAUUACUUCUCCAUAACCUUACAAGAAACUAAAACAGGAUAAGGUCUUCAGAUUCAACACUCCAAGAAACCUCCCAAUCGAACUAGCUAGUUUAGAUUAUUUCUUCGCUCGAGGAUGAAACUGAUUGAGAAGACGAUGAACAAGACCAAGUUUAUGACUAUGGAAGAGGAGGAGGAAGACAGAGGUGAGGGUUUCCACAAGAUCGAGGUAGCUAUGAUUGACCGGAGCAACUUAUCUCCGCCGCCAGCUGCUGGUGCUACUGCUACUGCACCAUUGCGUGAGGUUUCCGGCGACCUGAUUCCACCGUUGAACUUUGCGAUGGUCGAUAACGGUAUCUUCCGGUCUGGUUUCCCGGACACAGCGAACUUCCCCUUCAUCAAGAGUCUUGGCCUUCGCUCAAUCAUAUCUUUGUGUCCAGAGCCGUAUCCGGAGAACAACAUGCAGUUCCUCAAAUCCAAUGGAAUUAGUCUUUUCCAGUUUGGCAUUGACGGCUCCAAGUCCAAGUGUCUGCCCGGAUUAGAGAACGAGGUUUGGUUGCAUAUUUGGGGUUCUAAGCAUCACAAAGAGGGUUCCUAUACAAAUGGAAAUUCGAAAACUUCGGUAUUAUUCUGAAUACUAUUUCGACUUCUAGUCACGCAUUGAAUUGCUUAGUAUAAUGUUGCCUAAUUGUUCUUUAAGCAUGCAUGUCUCUCUAAGUUUCAUGUUUCCUUAGGAGUAGUAAUUUGCUUAGGUGUGUUAUGAUUUAGACAAGAAGAAUGGCAUUUCAUGUAUGGGAUUUUCUUUUUGUCUUGGACUUAACCAUUCA